AUGACCGAUAUACGAACCCCAAGAACCCCAUUACAUCCAGCUCCAAAUGAAGAAGUUUCACAAUUACCAAAUGCCCCUAUGGCAGAUGAGAUGGAUUUGAAUCCUGAGCUAUAUGACGAUGAAGACGUCGCAGUGGGGAUUGGAAGAGGAAACACCAUUGUUAUAGAAGAAGAAGUCAGGCCAAACGGAGAAAAUAGUCAGCUGGUACAAGAACAAGGACAAGAGCAAGUUAAUGAAAUAAUGAGUGACGAAGAAAGUGAAAUGGAAGAAGUUGAUGUCACCAAUAAAGUGGAUAUCAUUCUGUUAACCCCAGAUUUCGAUGAAUACAUGUCCAAACUUAAUAUAGCCUUCGAGGCCAACAAAGAGGCUCAAUUGAGCGCAUCUCAACAGAGUAACCUUGUGAUGUAUUUGGAUGAUUCGAUACUAAAAGUCCAUCGUAAGUUUAUCAAAAGUCAAGUAAAUGAAGAAAUGACGUAUCCUAUCAAUGAUUUAAUAGGAGAUCUUACAAGUACUCUUGAUGUGCUUUGGCUUUCUGUGAAUUCUAGAAAUAAACUUAUUUUUCAAGGCGAAUAUCUUAUAAAAGUGCUAGGAGAUAUGCUUGAUUUCAUAGAAAACUACAGAUCAUUAAUAGAUCCUCACAAGCAACAUACCUUUCAAUCUCUAACAGCAGAUUUAGAGAAAAUUUUCCAAUUUUUUCAGGCGUUAGAUGCCAGAAUUGCAUUCCUUAUGGAUGGCUAUUCUAUAGAAGGAUCACUGUUGCAGAAACUUAGUGGAACCCAAGUUAUUAGAGUUGUUCCAAUUGCAACUCGGUUGCGUAUGGCAGUGAUAUCUAAAAUGGAACUAGUGCGUCACCAGCUUGUAAGUUUACCGCCCGACCAACAAGCAAUAUCCAACCUCAUUGAUAUCGAGGUAUCCAAGCUUUUUGAAGGAAUUUUAGAUAGAAGCUAG